AGGAACACGCCAUGCAGCAGAACUCUGAGAUGCUUCUCCAGAAGAAAGGACCAUUCCUCCAGUCUCCACUCAGACUCCUGAGUGUUUUGGUUUUCCAUCUUUUCCUGACAGAUUUCUGUAGAGGUCAGUCAGAGUUAAUUGGUCCAUCUCAGCCAAUAGUGGCAAACGUUGGUGAUGACAUCAUUUUGCCAUGUUACCUGGAGCCUCGGGUGGAUGUUUCUGCCAUGAUGCUGGAGUGGACGAGAUCUGACCUGAAAUCUUUCAUCCAUGUUCGGCGUGGUGGUCAGGACCUCGAACAUGCUCAACAUCCAUCUUACCAUGGAAGAACUUCAGUGUCUACUGAUGAAGUGAAGAAGGGAAAUAUUUCACUGAAAAUCUCUAAAGUGAAACCUUCUGAUGCGGGGAGAUACACAUGCUUCAUUUCAAAACUGAAUAAAGUGUCUUUCGCUGAGCUUGUUGUUGGUGCUGUUUCUUCGCCUGUCAUUAAUUUAGCAGGGAUUGAUAGAGGCAAAGAGGGAGUGGUUCUCCAGUGUGAGUCUUCUGGCUGGUAUCCAGAGCCUGAGGUGUUGUGGCUGGACGGUGAGGGAAAGCUCCUCUCUGCUGGACCUACAGAGACAGUCAGAGGUCCUGAUGACCUCUAUACUGUCAGCAGCAGAGUGACUGUGGAGAAGAGACACAGCAACAGCUUCACCUGUAGAGUCCACCAGAAGGACACCAACCACACCACAGAGACACACAUCACUGUUCCAGAUGAUUUCUUUAAGGUCCAGUCCAGUUCUUCUACCACAACUGGUUUAGCUGUUGGUCUGGCUGUUUCCUGCAUCCUGGUUAUCGUGCUGCUUGUGAUUUUUGUAUUGAAACUGGAGACCAAGAGAAGCUGGUUGGAUACAACUGAUGGAGGACGAGAUCAGUUUGUUACUGAAGAAGAAAUGAAGACUUUGAAGGGAAAAGAGGGAAAGAAGAGCAAACAUAAGUUGGAGGAGGAGCAGCAGAGGAGAGAAGACGCUGAGAACAGAGUUCAGGUCCUGGAGGAGGAGCUGCAGACUAAGAACAGGGAGUUGGAGAGAAAUCAAACUGAAACAAACAGAAAGCUCCUGGAGGAGAAAAAGAGAAAGGAGAAAACUCUGAGAGACGUGGAGACCCUGAAGACUGAGCUGGAGAACAAGACAGAACAGCUCCAGGAGGAGAAGAGCUUGAAGACAAACCUACAGAACAAGAACACACAGCUGGAGAAGCAGUUUGAAGAGGAGAAGAACAGGAGGAUGAAGUUAGAGAAGGAAGUGGAGAGCUUGAAGACACAGCUGCAGCAAAGUUCCUGGUUCUGGGGGGCAAACAAAUCAUGAGAGAAAGUCCAGCAGGAUGACAGCAGAUCAACCAGUCAGAGUCACACCAGUCUGCAAUCUAAUGCUUUAAACAUUGUACAUCAGAGAGAGAAGGACUCACAACUCCCUGCUCUCCUUGUGCUGUAUUCAACAAAAAUGUGUUUUAUUAUAAUAUUUGUUAUUUUGUAUUCUUUGUAAUUACAUUUUACAUUAAUUGUCUUUCUAUCUUUGUAUAGUGAGUUUUUCUUUGCAAAAGCAGACUUGCAAACUUUUGUUAAAUAAAAUUACACUUUAAAAAAGAAAAUAAAGAUAC